AUUGGGGUUACUUAACACUAUUUAUUAAUUUCUUUUGCAUUUCUCUAAACGAAACAUUCAUUAGGCUGUACCCAAGCGUCGCCAUGCCUCGAACUAAUGCCUAACAAAGCGAAAGUAAGCUCUUGAUUUGCAGACAUUUUUCACGAGCCUGACGAGGCAUUAUACGAAGCCUUUAAAGCCAUGGAUCAAGAAAUGGAAGCUGAUGAGUUCUUUCCUGAUAAGCUGAUGUCAGAGCCUGAUGUUGCCUCAGAGUGGAGUAAUGAUCAGACUAUUGGUGAUGAUGUGAGUAAAGGUGAAGGGGGUGAAAGUGCUUUAAAUGGUGAUGAGGAAGUUGGAAAAGGUGCAGAAGAAAUGGAAACAGAUGAACCAGUUUCUAUGCAAGGGGAGGAUAUGGAAAUGGCAGGUGAAAGUGCAGAACCUGCAAAUGAUCUGGAAGAGCUUGCUAAAGAGGUUGAAAUACCUGGAAAUGGUGCUAGUGACUCAGAACUAAGUUUAAUUGAUGAUAGUGGUGAACAAGAGGUCAGUGAUAAAGAAGAAAACACUUCUGAUAGCCAAAAUGUAUUUGAUGAUAAUCUGGACCUUGAAGCAGGUAAACCAGAUGUUGAUGGUGCUGGCAAUAAUAUAGGUAAUGAUAAUCUUGAUAGUCUUGAAAAAAGUAAUGAAAAUGCAAUAAUUUUAAGUGAAAGUCAAGAAAUUAGUAACAUAAAUGAAAGCGAAGAGCUUAAUAGAAAUGAUGAUGAUGUUUUGGAUUUAGAAGAACCUCUUGUUGAAGACAAAAACAUAAUAGACACGCAGGAUAUAGCAGAAGGCCGAGGUGAGGGAGAAGGUAGUACUGAAGAGAUCUCUCAAACUCGAGCUCCAGUUGAAGAUACAGGUGAUGUUACACAAGAAAGUGUAAGUAACAAACAAGAGGAUAACGAGUUUGGAGACGGAGUAGAACACAUAGCUGAAGAUAGUGACAGCAAAAGCAACCAGGAUGCUUCAGCAUCCAACUUAGCAGAGGAAAAUACUGAACAGGAAAAGGAGGAUGAAGAUUUAAAUGAAGAUGAGCUCCUGGGUGCUAAUGAAGAUGACAAAGAUUAUCAGGGAGAAGAGCAGAGUGUGGUAGAGGCAGGCGCUAACUCAGGUUCUGUUAUAAAAGACCAGGAUGAAAGUAGCUUGGAUCUGAAUCAGGAGAGUGACCAGGCAACAGAAGAAGUUUCAAAGGAAAUGAUACCUGAUAAAGCAAACGAUGGUGAAGAUCUAUCCAAUUCUGAAGAAGGUGAAACAGAGGAUGAAGCUGUCCACAGAUCAUCUACAAAAUCUCCAGAACAAAGGUCCACCUCCUCAGAGAAAGAUCUUACUGAGGUAUCAGAGAUUGCCAAUCAGUCAGAAACCACACCCUCUGCUGAUAACAGUAGCCAACCAGACAAUGUCAUGCAGUCAGAAGCCACACCUUCUGCUGAUAACUCUAACCAAUCUGAAGCUGAUAGUCAGUCUGAAGUCACGCCCUCUGCUGAUAACUCUAACCAAUCUGAAGCUGAUAGUCAGUCUGAAGUCACACCCUCUGGUGAUAACUCUAACCAGUCAGCAGCUGUUAGUCAGUCAGAAACUACUCCCCCUGGUGACAACUCUAACCAAUCUGAAGCUGUUAGUCAGUCAGAAGUCACUCCCUCUGGUGAUAACUCUAACCAAUCAGAAGGGACUUCAAACAGGAAAUCUCCAAGUUUUGACAUGUCAAGUGUCAAGAUAAAGAAAGAGCGUAUGGAUAGUACAGAAUCAGACAAAGCAAAUGAAAGUGAAAAUUCUAACACAGGAAGUAGUAAUCUGAAGAUUGUUGGUGUGACGUCUGCUGUUGGUGUAGAAGACAAGGGGGACCACUCUGAACAGACUUCUGAGAAUGCAUCAGCUAAGGGAGAUAAUGCAGAAGAGAAAAAGACUACAAAGAACAAUGAAGUAAAUGAGCAGGUAAAAGUUAAGCAGGAAUCUCUUGCUGCAGCUACAGCCACAGAAAAAGAAGACAUCAAGAAAAUUGUGAAUGAAGAACUUAAAAAGAAAAUAAAGCAGGAAUCCAAAGCUAAAGAAGAUGAAGAUGAUGAUGUUAUUGCUAUCAAGGAGGAGAAAAAGCCUGUACCAAAGCCAAAACCAUCAAAGAUACAGACCUGUAUUGUAUGUGGAAAGGUUGGGAAAUGCAAAUACAACAUUGUAAGGAAUGGUGAUGUAAAACACCUGUGUGAUGAUACCUGCUUCAAACGUUUCCGCAGCAGUCCGACCACAUACCUAAAACAGGCUGAAGGUAUUUCCCAGGCCCAGUCUAAACCGGACCAACAGACCAACAGUAAACCGGCACCUACCCCAUUGAAGAAUACAGCACCAGUAAAGGCAGUACCUAACCAACAGGCAUCAUUUCAGCAGCAGUCACAGGUGUACAAGACCUGCACAGUAUGCCAGUUGAUGAAUGUACGCACUUCAAAACCAUUCCUAAAUUGGCAGGGCCUUGAUUUUUGUGGGGAAGAAUGUCUCGGAAAGUAUCAGGGAGGUCUUAGCAACAACUGUAGUUAUUGCUCUGGAGCCAUCUUUCCGAACAACAAAGCCAAGUUUUGUUGCCGAGUAGGGAACGAGGUGAAACAUUUCUGUAGCACAAACUGUAAUAAUGAUUAUGUAAAGCGAAUGAAACUUUGUGCAUUCUGUAAUAAAGAUCUGGCACAAAGUACAGAUUCUUUUAUGGCCCCUGUUGGAGAAACAUUUAAAGACUUCUGUAGUCAGAACUGUCUUCAGAAGUUUGAAGAAAAGAAUAACAAAGACGUUGAGAUAGUUGGGGUUCAGAAAGGGCAAAAAGCGUCAAAAGCACCAAAAGGGAACUUCAUAUGUGCUGUAUGCGGUAAAGUCGGCCCAGUGAAACAUGAAUUUAAGCUUGAUUCAAAAGUGAACAGACUUUGUAGCGAUCCAUGCUUCUCAGCAUUCCAGUAUGCAAACAAACUUACACUGAACACGUGUGACAACUGUGGCACGAAUUUGAAUUCGGAAAACCAAGCUCCACAGUAUGUGCAAUUUGAGGGCCAGCAGCGGCGCUUCUGUAGUUUUAUGUGUGUGAAUACAUUUAGGAAUACAAAUAAAAAGACUGUGCCAUGUGCUUGGUGUGGAAACAAAAAGAGUAACUUUGAUAUGAUUGAACGUGUAGAUGCUAACAACAAAUAUCAGCUAUUCUGCUCUCUGAAUUGUCUAUCACUAUACAGGGUCAACCUACAGGCAACAUCAAAUCAGGCAGUGACAUGUGACCAGUGUCGAAAGUUUGUACCAGCCCAGUACCAUCUGACAAUGAGUGAUGCAUCGGUUAGAAAUUUCUGCUCGUACGGUUGUGUGAUGCAGUUCCAGGCACAGUUUCAAGCACCUGCUAAACAGGUACCACAUCAAAAUUCAGUGAAUAAUGCAGUAAAUGCAGGCAAAGGUGUUUCCCCUGCACAACAACAACAACAACAGCAGACAACAACACGAUCAGGGAGAGUUGUAACAAAAGCUCCUAAAGUAGCAGCUGCUGCCCAGCAACAACCAGCAGGAAAGGCCCGAGCGACUAAGAAAGAUGGUGACUCGUUCCCAAUAAUCUCUAAUGUGGUCUCCUUGGCACCACAAGGUACACAGCAACAGAUCAAUAUUAAAUCAUCAACUCCUGUGACAGUAACCAACCAGCAGCAGGGAAUCAAGGCAACUACAACAACAACAGGAAACCAGACUGUUCAGCAACAGAUCAUUAUACAGCCACCACCACCAAUAUCUGUGAAGAAUAAAUCACUGUUGUGUAAACCAUUCACACAGACCAAAGCCACUUCUUGCCGACCUCAUACACAAAUCAAAGAAGUUCAGACAGAGGGUAAAUCGGAACCAGAGAAGUACCUGAUACCUGUACCCGUGCCGCUGUACUGCCCCACACCAUUAGCUAUGUACUCUGUACCAGUACCGGUCCCAUUUCCCGUACCGGUGCCAGUACCUGUGCCAGUGUUUAUACCUACAACAAAGAAGAGUGCAAACAGUAUCCUUAAGCAGAUCAAGGAAAUUCGAGAAAAAAUUCCCGCUGACCCUCUGGAGGCGGAAUUGUUAAUGAUGGCUGAAGCUGUAGCUGGGAAAGAUGAGGAAUCCAGUAGCAGCAGUGAAGAAGAAGAUAACACUGCACCGCCUGUGAAGGAGACAAGUACGGCACCAGCUGCAAGCAGCAGUGGUGGUGGUGAUCUCGGAGAGGACAUGUUACAGAUGGCGCUAAGAAUGGCAUCAGAGAUGACAGACGAGCCGGUCAUGGAUCUUGAAAACUCACUGGAGCCAGUAGCUGUAAACACCGAGCCACCAGCACAGCCAAAACCAGUUGUUCCUCCCCCACAGCCGGUAGAGGAGGAUGAUGAAUACAUGCCCUCAUCUGCACGUUCCCGUCGGUCAAGGGGAGGAAAUAAACGACAGUCACGUAGUACACCGAGAAGAAACCCUAAACGCCAAAAAGUGGAAAUUACGCCACAGUAUCAUGAGGCUACCCCAUCACCCCCUGCCCCUGCGGCUCCACCCCCUGAUGCAAACUUCCAUCUUAAGUACACUUAUGGCGUGAAUGCAUUUAAGCACUGGGUUAUACAAAAGAAUAGUCAGAUUGAGCAAGCCUCAAAGCCAGGUCACGGGAAAAAUUUGAAGACAUUUAAAACAGAUAUACUCCAGUGUACAGCUGAUGAGUUGAACUACUCAUUGUGUUUGUUUGUGAAAGAAGUUCGGAAACCUAACGGGGAGGAAUACGCAGUUGACAGUAUAUAUUAUCUGUGCUUAGGUAUUCAGCAAUACUUGUUUGAGAAUGGAAGGAUUGACAACAUCUUCACAGAUUUUUACUAUGAACGGUUUACUGAGGGACUCAAUGAGAUACUCACCAGAUAUGAGCCAAAACUUAAUCAUGCAGGCCAGUUAGUGUGUCGAAUUGAAGAGGAACAUCUAUGGGAAUCCAAGCAGCUUGGGGCUCACUCCCCGCAUGUCCUUCUCAACUCUCUUGUCUAUUUCAACACCAAAUAUUUCAUGUUGAAAACAUCAGAGGAUCAUCUUAAACUGUCGUUCACACACAUUAUGAAACAUUGGAAGAAAACUGCUACCGGACGAGGCUCUGGUACAGGUCCUAACGCUGGAAGGAGUGUGUAUCUGAGAUACUAUUGUCCCACACCACAGGGAAAAGCAGAUAAUCAGAAGAAAAAGAAAGAAGAGAUGCCGGUGUAUGAGCAAACAGAAAAUCUUGACAACCCGUUGAGAUGUCCGGUUAAACUGUACGAGUUCUACCUAUCUAAGUGCCCGGAAAGCAUUAAAAACCGUAAUGACACUUUUUACCUGGUGCCGGAAAGGUCAUGUGUACCGGACAGUCCUGUGUGGUAUUCUACCGGAACGCUUGGCAUAGACCAUAUGGCCAAAAUGUUGAACAGAAUACGAUUGGUGCGAGAAAUACAGGAGGCACAUUUGCAUACCCAGCCAAUUUACAUUUGAUAAAUUCAAUGUGUAUAAUUUCUUUAAAAAAUGAUUUUAUUUGUGAAUCAAUUCAGAUAAUUGAUUCUUGUUAUUAGAUUGAUAGGUGCAGCUUCUGUGAAAACUACAAAGUUUAAGACACAUACUAUUGAUACAUACCUUUCAGUAUAUAACCCAGUGGAAUAGGAAUAACUGUCUUGUGCAAUAGUUUGGACAUAUACUGUUGAGACAAGUCUGUCGGUAUAUUACCCUGUGGAACAGGUUGGUCAUAAACUAUUUAGACAUACAUGUUGGUAUGUAACCCUGUGAAAUAACUUGAUCGUGCACGCUAUUCAGUCAUCUAUUCGUUAAGUAGACUGAUCACAUUCUAACAGUGAAAUUCCAGUUCAUGUUAUUGCAUUUGUUAAUGAUAUCACAAACCUGUUUUCAGCAAUUUGUUUAAUUGGUAUUAAUGAGAAUAUACUGCUAUUAAAACUUUUAAUCCACCAGUCCUAUAGUUUUAUAAAUUUUUGUAUCAGUUUGGAUGCAGGAAUUAAGUACAAGAAGUAAGUCUGUGGGGAAUGAGCAUUACAUAUCCCAGAAUUUGAUGUAAAAUUGGUUGUGUUUUUAUAUUUGUAAAAAUUAAGCAUGUACGAUAGAUUGUAUUGUAUGGAAAUUGAUACAUAAACAGCUGAAUGUUGUUUUGCUUGUAAAUUGAAAGCAGGAUUUUUACAGUGUUGAAGUCAUCUGUCUAUAUGAUACCAGUAUGUGUAAUAAUCUUCGUGUCAGUAUGAACUAAGUCCUGAAGUUGUAUUCAUUUUACAAAACUCUGUAUCUAAACAAGGGCAUUCACAUCAAUUUUUAAUUUUGCUUCGAUUUCUGAUUUUUACAGUCGAGGGGAGAAUAUAGUGAGGUCCGAAUAUACUGUCAUAAUUCACUGAAUUUAAAUAACAACUUCUGACAGUUUUCUGUUCAACCCUCAAAAUGUAUGUUUUCUAGUGGUAAAAUUUGAAAACUUGGCUGAAUACUGAAACUUGUAUAUGAUUAUUGUCAGUAGUGUAUAAAUUCAAACACUUUUCUAGUGUUGAUUUGUAGGAGUAAUUUCAUGACUUAAAUUGUCAUUCAUUUUGUACAUUAUGAAUUUGUUGUAGAAAAUGAGAAAUCGAAUCAUUUUUUAAUACAAAAUUUGUUGUUUUAUUACAAAUAUUUGUUAGCUGUGUCUGUCUUAGAGUAAUAUUUGUAUAAAAUUAUGUCGUAAAUUUCUUCGCUUCAGUGUGGAACUAUUUUAACUGUAUAUAUAGAUAUGAAAGCAGCUGAUAAAACAGUUUAAUAUUGAGGUGACAAAAUUCUGUUGGCAAAAUUAAGGCUUCUUUAAAAAAGUGUUCUACCUUGUUCAAGUUUUUAUUGGGCCAAUAGCCAUGAUUGGAUCCUGUGACAUUUCUUUAAUGAAUGCCCAACAGAUCAGGAAUUAUUUGGGUCUUUUUUACCAACUUGAAAAAAAAAUCUUUAGAAGUGAGUAUAUUUUAAAACAAACUAGAAAUGCAGAAGAUUCAUUGAUUCCACUCUACUACAUACAGGGCCAAUGGUCACAAUCAAUGGUUCCACUCCACUGCACACAGGGUACAAUGUCCCACAACUGCAUACAUGGUCAGUGGUCAGUGUAUGCUGCACACAGGAUCAGGGGUCAUACUCUGCUACAAACAGGGUCAGUAUUAGCACUACUACACACACGCUCAGUCAGUGCAACUUGAAGCAACACUUGCACAGGUGGGCAUCCAGAAAGUUGUUAGUUUUGUAACAUGAGCAGCUCUUAUCCGAUGUUGAUCAAACUUGGUUUCUAUGUUUAUGGGCGUGUUACUCUGCCAUGUUUGCUGGCUGCUGGAUCCUUUUGAUUCUGGAGUUAUGGGCCUUGAAUUACUCAACAUUGUGAAAAUUAACAUUGUCCAUUCUCGAACUUGAGCAAUUCUUCUCCAUUGUUCACCAAACUUGGUUACUGUGUUUAUUGGUAUUUUUAUCUCAGCCAAGUUUGAUAGCCAGUAUAAUCCCAUUCAGUACUGAAUUAUGGCCCUUGGAUUUCUUAAUGCGAAAAAUGACAGUGUCUGCUUAAUAACUUAAAUAGUUCUUAUGCAAAAUUCACCAAACUUGGAAUGUUUAUGGGCAUGAUGUGUUGGCCAAGUGCAAUAACCACCCAGAUAGUCUUUGUAUUGAGUUAUGGCUCUUGAAUCUGUCAAAAUUGCAAAAAUUAACAACUAGUCUGCUCAAAAAGAUGGGAGUAUUUUAAAACUCUAAAGAAAUUUGCAGGCCUGUAUUGUGAAAAGUUUUUCACAUUUUUAUUUCUCCAAAGUUGAAGGUGAUGUGAUUUUCAUUUCAAACUUGCCUUUAGUUGGCAGCUGUGUCAUUUAUCAGGUACUAUAUCCCACUACAAGGCACUCUGACUUAAUGUCUGUAAACUGUGCGAUUUUUUUCAUUUUCUUUGCUUAGCUAUGCACAAAAUAUAUAAAAAGAAAGAAAAACAAAGCAGCUAGUAAUUAGUAUAAAAAUAAACGAUUCCUAUUAAGUAAUUGAAGUGUUAUAAUUGUUAACACUUGCAUAUUUGCAGCAGCAUUUCUCCUGAUGUUUCAGAUGUUAGAGCUUUUGUACAAUGUUAAAAGUCAUGUUGCUACUUAGUUACUCGAUCAAUUAGUGCAAAUAAAAUUCAUGUGUAGAGAAA